AUGUCGCGAUCAACAGACUACAAACAACAUUCGCCUUCGCAUAGUAUCCAUCUCCAUACUCCUAAUCCACAGAGCCAAGGGUUCAAACCCUGCAAUACUAUUCCCUCCGCAUCCAUUGGAAUCAACUUUCACAUAGAUCCCUGCUGUACACCGUCGUCAUCACCACCAGAACUCAUGUCCCUCGCGUCUGCAGACCCGGAAGCCUGCAGAAAAACAAAGGGAUCCCUCAAGCACCCGUCUGUAAACCAAUAUCUGGCCACCAAACGCAAUCGUCAAAUAUACUCCUUACUCGCAAUCCUUAUUUUUUUCUCAUCCUUAACUCUGAUCAUGUUCUAUUGCUCAGAAUGCGAUAUUACAACUGGUCAAUGCGGGUGUGAGCUCGGGAGAUCAAAGUCUUUUCCCUCUGUUAGCUCUAUACCAAUAUUAGCAUCAAUCACAAAACCAUCAUCAGGAGGAUCAGGAAGGAUACCAGGACGGGCCGCUUCUGACGCUGUUGUCGCUGUUAAUGUGUUUGGAGGGAUAGGGUUGUCAGCGGAUCAAGGAGUGGUGAUAGCAUCUAAUGGCAGAAGGUACAAAACAAAUGCAAACAAGCCAUGGGGUUCCCUGUAUGGUCAUUCCAAAAAAAUCUAUAACGAUGAUCAACUUGGCGUAGACGAUAUGUCUGGAGAUACCGAUGAUUCUAUUCACCAAAACUAUGAACAAAGGAUCAGAGAAGAACAGCUGGAUGAUUAUAUUGCCAUCGACUAUGGUGAAACAAAGAGAUUUGAUGAAAAGGUCAGCAGCAUCGAAGGAGGACACGGUAAAGACGAAGGCUUGACAACUGGAUCGGAGGCCAUUAAAAUAAAAGAUGACAGUGUCUUUUUAUCUAAAGUUGAAAGCGCCUAUCAACGACAGGCCUUUAAUGACCGACUUGCUCCAGACACAAAAUACAUGUCGUACCUUCCUGAUGGCGGGCUAUCCAACCAGUUCUACGGUAUGUUGCGAGCCAUCAUGCUAGCCAAGUCGUUGAAUCGUACCCUGGUUCUGCCUUCUAUCACAUCUUGGCAGAAAGAUGACAAUGUCGGGCAGAAUCAGCCAUGGUCCAACUACUUUGACUUGGAGACAUUUAAGCAACUUACUGGCGUAAAAAUCAUCGAGCUCCAGGAUGUUCGGGGGCCUAACCGUAUCCUACCUACAGCACCUGAGAGUUUGGUUUGCCAUGUCACCUGUGGCGUAGGCAGCUUGCGACCAUUAGAUCCGACAGCCAAGAGCUUUUUGAAGCAAUGGAAGCUUGAUCUCUCCAUGAAGACUCCUGCGCUUGAAACGAAUGAAUUGGAGCAGCUGAAAACAACACUUAGGACUCUGGAUGACGAACAUUUGCUUUGUAUCACCAAUGGGAAUAAUAUUGCAACUUCCAAAAAGACGGAAUGGGAUUUGUACGGCCGCUAUCUUUAUUUCGCGCCAGCUUUCGAGCGGCACUUUGAGGCAGUGCUCCAUAGACUGAGUGAGGUUGGUGCUCAGCAAAGCCAUUUCCAAUCUGGACGGAUUGGGAUAUACGCCUCCGGUAACCAAGAGUCUGAUACAAAAGAAAGUGAUUAUGGUCGCCUCAAUAGUGCCAUCAUCCCUGAUAGACGUCUCUAUCGUGAUACUGACCAAGGCAAAUCCUUGAGGAGCAGCAGUAGUGGUGGCAGUAGCAUUAGCAGCAGUAACAUAGCCAACAAGACCAUUUUUCGGCGUGGGUCUUUCAUUUCGAUCCACGCCAGACGAGGUGAAUUCAUCAGCUAUUGUCAACAGUAUUUCCAGCAUGCUCUACAGUCCUGCUCACCAACGACACAGGAGUUAGCCUCAACACUUCGUGACAUAGUUCUAGGCAAUCCUGUUCUGAGGAAUUUACCUGUCUAUGUCUCUACAAACGAAGAUCGUCCCGAAGAACUGGAUGAGUUCCGAGCACUGGGAUGGCAUGUUCUUGAUCAUCAAGCAAUGGGGACCAAAGAGCGACUUGGAGUCUUUGGACCCUUAAUGAUGGAUCAGAUUUUCAUGGCUCAAGCAGAGAUCUUGAUCGGUGUGCAGACGAGCAUGCUUUCACGAGUGGGAGCAUACCGGCAAGAGGAUUGGAACGGACGCAGGGCUGUGUUUUUGUAA